GCAGGGAGAGAGGGAGGGAGGGAGAUCAGCCCCCUCUCAGCACUCAGUUCCUCGACAGGCAGCCUCAGUAGCAACACGGCCUGCCUCGCUCCUCACUCCUCCACACACACACACACGGACACGAGCGCGUAUACAUAGACUGACGUACAUGGAGGAGUGGCUGAGGGAGUGAUCUUGAGUGAGUGUCAGUGCCAGUGGAAGUGUGUUAGUGCCCCGGGGACAGUGAGGAAGUGAGGGAGUGAGAGCGGCGAGUACUGACCCUUGGCGUGGUCAUGUGAAGAGUUUCUAGUGGCCAAGAACAGCGCACAUGUAAAACACCGUCUAGCGGGACGCGGUGGACUCUACUUCACACGCCGCCCGCACCACCCACACCACAAUCAUGCUGUGGGGGGUGACAACAAUACUGGCGGGGCUGAUAGUGGGCGCAUGGGCGGGGGAGGGCGUGGAGGGGCGUGAGGGCCGCUCCAUAACCUGGGCGGAAGUGGCAAAUAACGAGGAGAAGGAAUACGAUGACAGCUUCUUCAGGAAUGACGACUAUGUGUAUGUGGACGCUGACGAAGUGGAUCUGCCCCCGCCCCCUGAGUAUGACACCCCCCAUAAGCUGGAGCGGCGUACCCUGGGGUAUAUCCUUGGCUCCUUGGUGGACGGAGGCACGGAGGACCCCAGACCACAGCGGAGUAGCGGUAUAAGCAUUCAACCAGCAACGCCUCCGCCUUCCUCCUUCCUCGAGUCCGUUAUGAGGUCCAUUGAUAACUUCGUGGUGCAGGACCUGAAGGGUUGGUCAAAAUUUCUCACCGCCAUGAACGACCGCACCACCACCCCCGCCCCCCCCACCACCACACCCCGCCCCUCUGCCAUCCAGCCCACGCAAGACGAGGAGCUGGUGGUUAUCAUGGACGAGUUCGGGCGGCCGCAAGUGGUGACCGUCAACGAUAUUGUGGCCUCGCUCAGCCAGCUCGACGAACAAACCAUCACGGAGCUCCUUCUGGGCCCCACCAACCCUGGCCUAGCCCCGAAGUCAGCCCCAGCCCCUGCCAAGAACCAAGUGCAGAGUGAUUUCCUCAACGCCAUCACAGGCAGCCUUAACCGCCUUCCAGAACACUCACAGGCCCGCACUAGCCACAGUCCCACGACAAUCAGCCCCAUUAAAAGUCAGACCACAGCCCCCAAGCUUAGCCCUUCCCACCGCCCCUCUGUCGGUCCCACUAACAGGCCCAACAUCAUCACCUCUAUCAGCCCCCCCAAGAUUUCUUCCAUCAUCAACUCAACCCCCAAGUCUAUCAACUCCACCCCCAAGCCUUUUAUUAGCUCCACUCCAUCUCCACCCCCUUUUAUUAGUCAACCAUCCAAGCGUCCCUCCAUCCCCAGCUCACCCCAAGGUCCCGCUAAGCGUCCGACAAGCUUCCCCAACAUCAGCUCUAUCCCCAGCCCCACCAAGACCCCCACCAAGACCCCAAUUGAUGUCCCCAACAUUGGUGCCAUCCUCGGCCCCACCAUCAACUCCCCGCGUGGCCCCACUCAAACCUCUACGCACGGCGCCACUCAUGGCCCCACUCAAAUUUCCUCGCGUGGCUCCACUCAAAUCUCUACUCACGGCCCCACCCGAAACCCCACUCACGGUCCCACUCAAAGUUCCUCGCGUGGCUCCACUCAAAUCUCUACUCACGGCCCCACCCGAAACCCCACUCACGGUCCCACUCAAAGUUCCUCGCGUAGCUCCACUCAAAUCUCUACUCACGGCCUCACCCGAAACCCCACUCAUGGCCCCAUUCAAAGUUCCUCCCGUGGCUCCACUCAUAUCUCUACUCACGGCCCCACUCAGAGUUCCUCGCGUGGCUCUUCACAAAGUUUCUCGCGUGGCCCCACCCACACCAUCAUCCGCGGCACUUCCACCCGUGGCACCACCCACACAGCGGUCCGGGGCACCCCAACCCGCACCCUCGCUCAGUCCUUCGCCCAAGGCAUUCCCACCCGCAGCCACACCAAUGGCCCUACACGUGGCCCCACACACAGACCAUCCCAUAUUUCUACACAUGGCCCCACCCACAUAUCAUUCAAUGAUCCUACACGUGGUCCCACCGGCCCCUUCCACUCUGGCCAAGUCGUUACCCGUGAGGGUUCGUCAAUCAUUCGUGCCACGCCCAUCCAUAUCCCAACCGGUGUCCCCACCCGCAACCCCGGCCGCCCUGACAUACUCCCGCCAGACUUCCUGCUGCCCUCAGCGUCCCGGAACAACGCUGUCAAGCAGAGCAGCAGUGACAGCGUGGCGCGGCCUGUGCGCCACACGGGGCCCAGCCACGGGGCGCCCCCGAAGGAGGAGGAGGGGGAGGAGGUGAUUUUGAUUCGGGACGAGACGGGCGCCGUGCACAUGCAUACCAUCCAAGACAUCAUCUCCUCCCUGGCUGCCCUCAGCCCGGAGAACGCCCAGGACCUGCUCUUUGGUGAGGCCCCCGCUCAGCCACCCGCUACCCUCAAUCUCCUCCAGGAGACACAGGCGGCGGGAUCGGCGGAGAAAUCAGCGUCGCCAGGCGGCGUGCACAAGGCGCCGCGCCCCAGGAGGCCAACCAGCGUGCAAGACGUGAUAGCAGCGGCGGAAGCGGCGGAGGAGCCCCAGCUGCCUCACUCCAUGCAUGCUGUGUCAUCAGGAGAACAACAGAACCCAUCAGUCCCUACACCAGUCCCCACUACUCCCCGCCCCUCCUUAAUGGACGCCCUCCGCCAGCAGGACAUCCCAGAAUCCAUAGUGCAGCACCUCGCCGCUCCCUCCAUCCUCCGUCCUGUCACACAGGCAACCCCUGUGGAGCAAACCACCCCGGGGGGCAUCGGGGCCACCCUAAGAGGCAUGCUGUCACGGUUCGUCGUUGGCCAGCCGCAGCAGCAGCAGCAGCAGCAGACGCAGCCACAGCAGAGCCAUGCCGUGGUGGGCCAGCUGGGCCUAGCGCUGCCCAAACCCAUCCACCACAAGGAGGCCGCCCCCGCAUCACCUCCUAACACCCUGCAGGCCACCACCAAGCGGUCCUCUGAGGGCGCCACCCUGCCCCCCGCCCUGCAGCAUCUGUCCCCUGCCGUGCAGGCCGCGCUGCGUCAGCAGGCUGACAACGUGCCCACUUUCGUGCCACCGGGGACUCAACACGCGGCCGCGCGGUCUGACGCGGGCCCCGUGGAGUACAUCGACGAGGACCACGUCGAGGCCCCGCCCACGCCGCCCCCUACCCCUGCCCCCAGCCCGGCACCGCCCCUGGUGCUGCCCCCGGCCGUGCUGAAGCAGCUGCCGCCCUCCGUGCUCAACAAAGUCACCAAGCAGUACAUCGAGGCCAGGGUGGGCGGCGCACCCGAGCCCGCCCAGGACCGUGACUACUACCAGCCCGUGGCCCACUACUAUGACUACGAAGUGCACCCACCUGUGGUGCAGUACCCCGUGCACCCGCCGGUGCACCAUCACUACGAGCACAGCUACGACCACGGCUACGAUGACUACGGCGCCCUGGCCCCCAUGCUGGACAUCUUCCUGCUGGCGGACGUGACCAAGGUACACAAGGUGGGGGACACCAACCUCUCCUUCAAGGCGCCUAAGAUCGGGGAUCCCUCCUACUUCGUGGACACACGCGCGCACGAGGACCACUACUAGCCCCCGACGGCGGCCCUCACCGUCAGCAGCCCGCCGCAGCCUUCGCCCUGCAAGCAGCCCGCCGCAGCUUCCAUGUUUGUCAACACGGAACAGCUGACUGCCGAGGGGCGCGCUCCUGCCAAACACUCCCAACACAUUAUUUGUACUGUACAUAACUCCGUCCACAUGUUCGUAACGGUGUAUUUAGUUGGUCGUCACGAUACAUGAGUUGCCAGCCUGCCAUGGCUACUUUCCCCGGUAAUGAGUGUGUGCACGGCUGUGUGCGUCCGUCCCGUCCCGUCCAAACCUUCCCGUAAUAAGACAAAUAUGCUGUGAUGUUAUGCACUGAGAUGUACGUUAUGUUGUGUGUCGUGAGAACUUUUGUAAUAAAAUUGUGUAACCUCA